GCUGACGCAACUCUUUACUCUCUCUCUCUCUCUCUCUCCACUACUUGUGUCCUCUUCAAGAAGAUCCGAAGAUUUUUUAACACAAAAACCUAAAUUUGUUUCGUAAUUUUUCUAGGGCUUCCUCCAAUUUUGUAAUUUGAUCGGAUUCUGAAGAAAAUUCCACAGAAAGAGAGGGAGUUAGGGAAAUACAAAAGGCCAUGGAUUUCGAUUUGAACGGAGGCAACAAGCGAGUCUUCAACCGUCUCGGCGGGUCGAAUCGUCCGGCGGCGGCGGCGGCGGCAAAGGGCUCACGUCAGGAGGUUUGUUCCUACUGGCGAGCGGGGCGGUGCAAUCGGAACCCUUGCCAGUUUCUACACCGAGAGUUACCGGGUCCGGUUUCGAACAAAAGGGUCGCCGACGAAUCUGGGUUUGCGGGUCCGAGUCACAGGAGAGGACCUGGGUUUAACGGGAGCUCUAGUAGUAAUACGUGGGGGAGGUUCGGUGGGAACAGCAGGACGGUGGUGACGAAGACGGAGAAAGUUUGCAGAUAUUGGGUGGAUGGGAGCUGUAGCCACGGUGAUAAGUGUAGAUACUUGCAUUGUUGGAGCAAAGGAGAUGGUUUCUCGCUGCUGACUCAGCUUGAUGGGCAUGAGAAGCUUGUUAGUGGCAUUGCUUUGCCUUCUGGUUCUGAUAAGCUUUACACUGGGAGUAAAGAUGGGACUAUUCGUGUCUGGGAUUGUGCUUCUGGACAGUGUACAAGCGUACUCAAUCUUGGUGCGGAAGUUGGCUGUGUGAUUAAUGAAGGUCCGUGGCUAUUGGUAGGCAUGCCAAAUCUUGUGAAGGCUUGGAAUAUGGAAACCAGUGUAGACCAAAGUCUCAGUGGACCUGUUGGCCAAGUGUAUUCUCUUGUUGUGGGUACUGACCUACUCUUUGCAGGCACACAGGAUGGUUCUAUAUUGGCAUGGAGAUAUAAUGCUGCCACUAACUGCUUUGAACCGGCUGCGUCAUUGAAGGGCCACACACUUGCUGUUGUUACCCUAUAUGUUGGGGCCAAUAGACUCUAUUCCGGGUCCAUGGACAAAUCUAUUAAAGUUUGGAGCCUGGAUAAUCUUCAAUGCAUACAAACGCUCACGGAUCAUACAUCAGUUGUCAUGUCUCUCAUUUGCUGGGACCAGUUUCUUUUGUCUUGCUCAUUGGACAACACUGUAAAGAUAUGGGCUGCAGUUGAAGGAGGCAACUUGGAAGUUACAUACACUCACAAAGAAGAACAUGGAGUGCUAGCUUUAUGCGGUGUACAUGAUGCAGAAGCAAAGCCGGUUUUGUUGUGCUCUUGCAAUGACAGUACCUUGCGUCUCUACGACUUGCCAUCAUUUACGGAAAGGGGCAAAAUCUUUGCAAAGCAAGAGAUACGGUCCAUCCAGAUAGGUCCAGGUGGCAUAUUUUUCACGGGUGAUGGAACCGGUCAAGUUAAAGUAUGGAAGUGGUCCACUGCUCCAACCACGGCUAUGUCCUGAGGAAGUUCGAAAUCUUGUCAAAAGUUCUUUCCUACGAUCUUCUUGUACCAUUUAUAUAUGCGUCUCUCUCUCUUUACGAUUGUUGUGUCCAUCCUAGCAAAGGCCAUGGUCUGAUGAGAUUGGUCGAGACUAUGCCAUGUUAGGAGUUUUGAGACAGAACCGGGAGAGUUUUGUCCAGUUUCAGUGGAUGUCUUGUAACACUUUGAUUUGUAUGGUCAGAUUUGUCAUAAUAAAAGAUUUAUCUAUUCAACAA